AUGAUUGCUUCAUUGGUGGUCCUUCUCACUGUGGUGUGCAUCAUGGUUCUGGGGUUCAGCUUGUGGACUCUUCUAGAAAAUUUUCUGACUAUUGAUGUUCCUCCUGCCAUUGGCCACACUGUGAAGUUUCGGAUUAUGCACUGCGUGGCCCAACUGAUAAAAACUUGGGGGUGUAUACUUGAGAAGCUAAGAAUUUGCUCAAUGGCCAGAUUCUGUCAAUUUCUACAAGAUCUUGUGCCAAUAAGGAAGGACCCCAGAGUGGUGGUGACCAACCUGCGAUUUGGGACAAUCAGCGUGAGGCUGUUCCAGCCGAAGGCAAUGUCCUCUUGCCCUCUUCGAGGCGUCAUCUUCUACCAUGGAGGGGCUGCAGUUAUGGGCAGUCUGGAUUCUUACCAUAACCUGUGCAAUGUUCUGGCCAGGGAGACAGACUCAGUGCUGAUGGCAGUGGGAUACCGCAAGUGUCCUGACUACCAUUACCCCAUCAUUUUCUGUGAUUGUCUGAAUGCCUCCAUCCACUUCCUGAAGUCACUGAAAUUCUAUGGAGUGGACCCCUCCCGGGUUGUGCUCUGUGGAGACAGCAUUGGAGGUACCAUAGUGGCCAGCAUGACCCAGACUUUGAUUGGCAGACCAGAUCUUCCCCACAUCCGAGCUCAGAUCCUGAUUUAUUCAUUUUUCCAGGUCAUUAAUCUACAGUUACCUUCAUUUCAGCAGAACAAAAAUAUUCCAUUGCUCACCAGAAAUUUGAUGUUGAUGAUUAUGUGUAAAUAUCUGGCUAUUGAUCUGUCUUGGAAAGAUGCUCUAUUGACUGGUGCUUGUAUUCCUGUGGAUGUUUGGGAGAAGUACAGGAAGUGGCUGAGCUCUGACAACCUUCCUGAAAGGUUCAGGAAGAAAGACAACCAACAACUCAAAUUUCCUGCUCCUUUUAAUGAAGCUGCCUAUCUGGAAACCAAAUGUAUCUUUGAUAGGGAACAUAAACCCCUUCUAGCAGAUGAUGAUAUUUUUGCUCAACUUCCUGAAGCUUUCAUCGUGACCUGUGAGUGGGACAUCCUCCGAGAUGAUGGCCUGCUGUACAAAAAGCGCCUGGAAGACCAGGGGGUCCCUGUGACCUGGCACCAUGUGGAGGAUGGGUUUCAUGGAUGCAUAAAUUUCUUUGAUAAGAAGAUUUUCUCUUUCCCCUGCUCCCUGGAAAUUGUAAAUGCUGUAAUCAGUUACAUAAAGGAAGUCUGA